UCAAGCUAGGCUGCAGCAGUGCGCGUAUCGUGAAAGCUGAGUCUUCACGUGCAACCAAUACCACGUGGUAUUGUGUGUUAUCUAUUUUGAAUGAUUGUCCUACGAAUACAAUAAAAAGUGAUUUGUUUUUUUUUUUUGCCAAGUGAACGAAACAAAUAAAAAAAAUAUAAAAAUAAUCUGAUUUUCAUUGAUUUUGAUAAACGAAACAAAAAAGAAUAGAGAAAUAUUAUAAAACAAUCUUUUACACUGUGGAUAUCAGAGAAACCGUCAACCUGGAGCCCACGUGCCAGAAACGGCGGAAAUGUGAGGUUGACGGGAAGGAGGCGAAAGCAGAGCUAACGGCGCAACGCAAUAUGUUCCCUAGCGCUCAAAUUAAAAUGAGAUUGCUGUCACCGUGCAGUUCGCCGGCAACAUCACCUACGAUGUCAAAUUCAUCAUCGCCAACACCUCCCGCGCCAGUAGCGCCCGUCUAUAAUCAAAAAAUGACGGGAAUCCCCUGUGUAGCCGCCGCAUCACGAUACACAGCCCCCGUUCACAUCGACGUUGGUGGCACGAUAUACACCUCGUCAUUAGAAACUCUAACCAAGUAUCCGGAAUCGAGGCUAGCAAAACUAUUCAACGGAAGUAUACCUAUUGUUUUGGAUUCUUUGAAACAACAUUAUUUUAUUGACAGGGACGGUGGAAUGUUUCGUCAUAUUCUCAAUUUUAUGCGAAAUUCACGUUUACUUAUUCCUGAUAAUUUUGCCGAUUUGGAUCUCCUUCUCGAGGAGGCAAGAUAUUUUGACAUUGCACCAAUGUGCCGGCAGCUGGAGCAAAUGAAAAAGGAUCGCAUAAAGAAUGGCGCGACGACCUCGUCUCCAAGCCCACCACCGAGUCUUAGCGGUGGUCGUGGUGGAGGCGGUGGAGGAAUAAUUCCACCCAUAAGAGAUCAAGAGAAACGCAACGAAUGCUACGAAUGUGUUGCAUUACACGUGAGUCCUGAUCUUGGUGAACGUGUAAUGCUCUCCGGUGGAAGAUCACUUCUCGAUGAGGUUUUUCCCGAAUCAACACAAGCUGUGAUUGAUGCAAGAUCAGGUGUCGCAUGGCAUCAACAGGAUGCGAGGCACGUUAUUCGUUUUCCACUUAAUGGUUAUUGUAAAUUAAAUUCCGUUCAGGCAAUCACUAGGUUGUUAAAUGCGGGAUUUAAUGUUGUCGCAAGUAACGGUGGCGGUGUUGAUGGUCAACAAUUUUCCGAAUAUUUAUUUGUUAGACAAGCUGCCAACACUUGACAAAGUACAUCAACGCCUCGAAAAACAUCUUCGAGGACAAUUCGGAGUCAACGCGAUUCUGAUAUUGAGUAAUUUAAUCAAAAAAAAGACUGGCAAAAUCUCUUCAAAGCUCGAAUUGUAUAAAUUUUCGCAAAGCAGUGAUAAAAAAGAGUUUUUUGUAUUAUCUAGAAAUUAUAUUGUUGAAUAUGUCAAAAAUAA